GAACCAGUCAAGAGUUGCAACAGUGUUUGGUGUCCUGCAUCAUUUUGAACUGCCUUGAUUAUUACUCUAGGAGCGUAAAAUCCACGGUUGUUUUCCGUGCGCGCAUUUACGCAUUUAAAUAUUUAACUAACAGAAGCAUUUCUAUUUAUCGCUUACUAGUUUUACUUGGUGAGGUCCCUGUGGAGAAGAGAAGAUAUGGAUUUGGUGUGCCUGGUGUGUUUGGCGCUGACCACCGGCGCUUGGUUCGCCUCUGCGGAGAGACACAGCGUCUACUGGAACAGCACGAACCCGAACUUCCUGUGGGACGAGUACACAGUGGAAGUGCAUAUCAAUGACUAUCUGGACAUCAUCUGCCCCCACUACGCCCAUGGUGAGGUGUCAUCGCAUGCAGCUGAGCGCUAUGUGCUGUACAUGGUGGAGAGGGAGGACUACGAGGUGUGCAAGCCUCACUCUUUUGACCAGCUCCGUUGGGAGUGUUCGCGGCCGUUCGCUCCCCACGCUCCCGAGAAAUUCUCUGAGAAAUUCCAACGUUUUACUCCCUUCACCCUGGGCAAGGAGUUCAGACAGGGCGAGAGCUAUUAUUAUAUCUCCAAGCCAAUGCAUCACCAUGGCCAGGAGUGUCUAAAGCUGAGAGUGGAUGUUGUCGGGCAGAAAGGCUCCGGAAAGACCAAUCUAGAGAAAUCGAAGGCGGAAGAUACAGACAAAAGAUUUGAUGGAGGAAAAGUGAAGUUUCCUACUGCUGGAGGAGUUCACAACCCCUCAAACCGGCUCCCAGCAGAUGACCCUGCUGUGAUGGAGCCAAACGUCCAGAGGAGCAUCGGCAGUUCAGGAGCACAGCUUUUCUCCUUUCCUCUCUUCUUAACCAUGAUCCCAGUCCUAUUAGCCCUGAUGCUACACUAAGGCUGAGCAAGACGCCACAACAGAGACAAUGCUAAACCAAUGCCGGUCAUUGGGACCAUGAAUGCUUUUUUUAUACAGACUUUUUUUUUAUACGAGCAUGGUGUCAGUGUGUGUUUGCGUGUGUUUGCGUGAAUGUGGAACGUGGAUCGUUCCAAAGAAGAGGACAUUUUGUAUUAUUUUAUUAUGAGGAUGGAAAUUCUCAUUUUUGACCGUUUAAGAUGCACUCUUUUUUUUUUUGUCCUUAUGAACAAAACUGCAAGCAAACUGAUCAAAAUCAAAUAGAAAAUGACAAGAGGAUUACAUUGUCUUCGUUAUCCUGUGUUUCACCACUGGUACAGAUUUGCAUUACGCUCCUCAUCUCCAGCUGUUAAUGUCAUUUUUCCUCCUCUACAUGUAGAGAAAUUAUUAAUUCUGUGUGUUGGAAAUGUUAUCGUCUACUGCCAAAGUGAUAAACAUUAUGUAGGAUUUUUGUCAUGUCGUUGUGUAGCACUCAGCUCCCUGUUGUAUCUCCUCAAGUCUGUCAAAGCACCACUGACAUUCAUACAAAAGCAGUCAUUGGGAUUUAAAAAAAGA